AACAUGCUUUUCAGGGAACGGAGCGGAAAGCGUUAGCAAGCCUUUGACAGAAAAACACUAAUUUGAUAACCGAUGGUGGUGUUAUGGGCGACGCGUAGCAGAACUAUCACCAGCUGUAACUUCUGUCACGAGCUAACGAUCAGAUUGUGUCCACGACAGGGCAUGGUAGACAAUUUCAAGAAACCACUUUGUACGAUUUUGCUUCGAGUAGGUACUGCGGUGACAUACAUUUAGCUUGAGCCCAAGCUAUCUCAAGUUUGUAUUGUGAUGGCUACUCGCAAUGGAUUCUGUAAGAAAAGCUACAUUGUCGCUGUUGAUGUGGGGACAACGGGAAUUAAAUGUCACGUGUAUGACAAGGAGGCUAAUGUUAGAGGAUCAUCCACGAGAAAGGUGUCUCCCUUAUAUCCCAAACCGGGUUGGGUCGAAAUGGAUCCAGAAGACCUGUGGCAGAGUUUCGUAGCAGUGGUGAAAGGUGCUGUUCAAGAUGCAGGCUUGCAAAUGAAUCAAAUCCAGGCCCUUGGCAUAUCCACACAGAGGGGGACCUUCACUACCUGGGACAAGAGCACGGGAGUGCCUUUCCAUAACUUCAUCAGCUGGCAGGAUCUGCGUGGCGCUGAGCUCACUACCUCAUGGAAUGACUCUUUCACAAUGAAGGUCGUCCAUGGUGUGUCCACUAUAUUGCAUCUGGUCACACGGCAGAAGACCUUCCAGGCGGCCAGCAUCAUGGUGUUCUCUCCCCAGCACGUCACAUUCCGUCUGGCCUGGGUCCUGCAGAACUGCCCUGAGGUACAGGAGGCCGUAAAAAAAGGAACCUGCUGCUUUGGCACUAUUGAUACCUGGCUGCUUUAUAGACUCACACAGGGAUCAGCAUACCUCACUGACUAUUCCAACGCCAGCGCCACAGGAGUGUUUGACACGUACCAGAUGUGCUGGAGUGGACUGCUGUGCUCCCUUGUCUCUCUUCCUCUGAGCAUCUUCCCUGCAGUAGAGAACACAGGCUAUUUCUUUGGCUGUACAGAUGAGAGCAUCUUCGGUGUGCCUGUUCCCAUCAUGUCCCUGAUGGCAGACCAGCAGGCGGCCAUGUUUGGAGAAUGCUGCUUUAACAAGGGAGAUGUAAAGAUCACCAUGGGAACAGGAACAUUCAUGGACAUCAACACAGGAAAUGAGCCCCACACCUCAUUCACAGGACUGUACCCCAUCGUUGGCUGGAAGAUCGGCUCAGAAGUGACGUACCUGGCAGAGGGCAACGCUGCGGACACGGGCACUGCCAUCAAGUGGGCACAGGAACUGGAGCUCUUCUCUGAGGUGGCGGAGACGGCGGACAUAGUGACCGCUCUGGACAACUCUGACGGCGUGUGCUUUGUGCCUUCCUUCAGUGGCCUACAGGCGCCUUUAAACGACCCUGGGGCAUGUGCUGCAUUUAUGGGCCUGAAACCCUCCACCACCAAGUCCCACCUGCUGCGUGCCAUCCUGGAGUCUGUGGCCUACAGGAACAAACAGCUUUUUGACAUCAUGAUUCGUGAAACACGGAUACCCAUAACAAAUAUCAGGGCAGAUGGAGGUGUCUGCUCCAACAACUUCGUCAUGCAGUUGACGGCUGACCUGUUAGGCAGGACGAUUGAUCGGCCUAAUCAUUUUGACAUGUCCAGCCUCGGCGCUGCGUUUGUCGCCGGCCUUGGUGCAGGUCUGUGGAAGAGCCAGGAGGAGCUAAAGCAGCUGAGGACCACUGAGCGGGUCUUCGUGCCCAGCAGCCCGGCACGCCACCACGCCACCAACCUCCGCAGCUGGGAGAGGGCACUGCGGCGCUCCAUGCACUGGUACAGCCAGGCCUGAGGGGGGGCGCUGUCCUCCCAAGCCAACCCACAGUCCCCACAGCCUGACCACAGCCAGACAGACUGACUGAGGUGGACGACAGUAUCUCGGUUCAGUUUGCGUAUCAGCAUACUCUAUUAAGAUUAAGUGGUGCCUUUAGUGUCAAACACACAAAGGUGUGUGAACUCUUUCCUGCCAUGCAGACAGUCUUGCACUCUCGGAACUGGAUCUCAGGAUGGACAUCAUUUUAGUACUUUUUAUCUGUAAAUAGUGUCACAGAGAAUAUAAGUUACUUCAUUUUGUGUUUUCACACUUGAACUCUUGAACUGUAUUAUUUGACUGAGUGGACUCAUAUUUUUGAGGAACUAAACCAAGAGAAAUCAGUUUUGUGGUCCACUUACUACUACUAGUACGAGUAGACUUGAAGUAAACAAUCAAGUAGAAUGGUUGUAGCUUAAAAACCCUUCACAUUGAGGACCUUGCGAUGGCCUCAUCUGCUAACAAGAUUACCUCAUGUCAAAGUCCCUCAGUAACGGAUACAGUGCCUUUGUUAGAUGUGUGUGUGUGUGUGUGUGUGUGUGUGUGUGUG